ACAGCGAAUAGAAACCCCAAAAUGGCUUGGCAGAGUCUCUAUCUUCCUCCGCCGGUAAAAUCCGUUUUCUCGAUGAAUUGCAUUACCUCCGCCAUUGAGUUGCCUGUUCUCCGAUCUCAUUUCAAGCCAAAUCGCCGGCAACGAAAGCAGAACAACUCACAAUCUCAGCCACGAAUUUACAUUUCUCCACAAAGCAACCGAUUCGCUUCACUAACAGCCAACGCAAUUCCAAACUCUCUAGUUCUCGCAAACAGUACUAUUCCUCCGUCGCAGUCCGGCGACGUAUCGGUCCUCCUCCAGACAAGCGGCGUGCUUCUGAUCGUGUAUUUGAUAGCGAAUUUCAUUGUGCCGGAGUUCAUUAUGAAAUCGUACAGUACCGAUGAGAGCGAGGGGAAAGCAUUGAUGGAAGACGAUGAAAAAGGCGCCAGUGAAAGGAGGAAGAAACAAGGCUUUGGCGGUAACAAGAGAUAGCGAAAAUUGAAGGUAAAGCCAUUGAACUUUUUUCGUGUUCUGUACAGAAAUUGCAAUUUUCUUUGCUUUUUUUCGGUGCUUUUGUGUGGUGAAGGUGAAUUCAGGAUUGUGUUGCUGAGAAUAGAGAUUUGGAAUCGGAUUCUCUGUGAUUUUCUUUUGCCAUUUGAUUGAAAAAGGAAAUUCUUGUUGUUUGUUUGAAAAUAUUGUAAGAUCACUUCUGAGAAAUGGAAUCUGGUAAUGAAUGAAGUUUUAGAUUA